UUGCGUGAUUGCGUCAAUUGUAGGUCUCCUCUCCUUUGUUCAUCUUUCACUCUCCCUCUCCAACUCAUAUUCUCACUUUUCUUGUUUCUCAAAACAUUGACUCUCUCUCUCUCUCCUCUCUUUCUUAUAUCUUCAACUUCACAUCCCCAGAUCUACCAUACCACAUACACAUUCAUCCAUCAAACAAUCAUGGCCAAUUCAUUCAUCUUUUUCUCUCUCCUCUUCCUCUCAAUCAACUACCACUUAGCCUCCUCCGCAGAUCCACCGUCUCCUUCACCUUCUCCAUCCUCUCAAUUUCCCGCUGAUUCCAUACCUUCUCCUGCAUCAUCACCAUCUCCUUUGUCCGACAUUACUUUACCUCCUUCCGUAUCUCCACCAUUAGGCUCCAACUCUAAUCUUUCUCCUUCACCGUCUCCCGCUGAUUCUCCAGUCUCCGACAUCGCCGUAUCUCCGCCCCCAUCCCCGUCGUCCUCGCCGGCUCCUGCGCCCGACGCAGCGGAUGAUGCAUUUGCGGCGGAAGUGAAGAGUAACGCGCAAAAGGAAAGUUCUUCCGGCGGAAUGAGUGGCGGACAUAAAGCCGGCGUUGCGUUUGGAGUUAUUGGUGCGGUUUGUGUUGUGGGUGUUGGUGGGUGGAUUUACAAGAAACGUCAAGAUAAUCUCAGGAGAACUCAGUAUGGUUAUAAUGCUAGAACUACCAUGAUAUGAGAGUCAUAGGAAAAUAAGUUUUUAAUUCUUUGGAUUUGAUUAUUAUUAUUAUUAUCAUAUACUGUAGGAGAUUUUUGUUAUUGUUAACUACGGUAAGUUUUAGGAAUUUAUUUUGGAUUCUUGGAUGGGGAUGAUUCAUGAUUUGGGUAUUGAAUAAUUAAAGCUGUUCUAUUCUUUGAUGAAUUAUUAUUGAACAGGGGUCAGAUAUUAA